UAAAUAAUUCGGCUCGAACUCGUGUUUUAAUUGCGAGUCUUCUUCAUUGAAGCACAGUUCACAGUUCCCUCUAGUAUUACUAGCGAAUCUACGCGAAGAGUCCCCGGCGGGGUGUGGUGUGAUAACAAACAAUCAUCUGAAUUGUACAAUUUACACACUGCCUGCCCGUCAAGAGAGUAUGCGCUUGUAAUUAAUCCUCCUUCUAGUCGGUAGAUUGUACAAAAGUUAGUCGAUUGGCGACCGGUCGUUCGAGUGGUUCAAAUUUUCAGUAUUUGCGAAAAGAUUAGUUGUAGAUUUUGAGUGAUGGCUACUUCAGCGGGACUCGAUGAUAGCAGGUUCAUAAUCAGUGGCGGACCCGUUCCGCAGAAUGUCACCGAAGGGCAUGGAUCCCUGGGGGCGUACCUCAGGAAUCGCAUGCGACUCAAUGGCAACGAUGUCGGUCUUAUCGACGGAGUCUUCGGUACGGAGCUGCGCUAUCUGGAACUGCUGGAACAAACCGUCCGGCUGGCCGAGUGCUUACGAACGCUGGCCGAUGUCCGCGUGGGAGACGUCGUAGGGAUCGUCAGUGAAAAUCGGCUCGAGUUCCCCGCUGCGUUGUUUGCUUCGAUCUUCCUGGGAGCGACCGUAGCGCCCAUCAAUCUGACCUACAGCGAGCGUGAACUGGAUCAUGCCUUUAACCUCUCGAAGCCAAAGGUCAUCUUCGUGUCGCCGUUUUCGGCCGAUCGGGUUGUGGCGGUGGCCCGGCAAAACCGGCACAUCGUCCAGCGGGUGAUCCUGUUCGGCGAGGAGAACCCCUUCGGAAGCGAUGUGCAGCUGUUGGAGGAGUUCCAGAAACCGGUCUCGUUCGUCAACCCGAUGAACUUCUACAUUCCGCCGGUCGAUGUGGACAACCAUGUGGCGCUGAUCAUGUGCUCGUCGGGGACGACCGGACUGCCGAAGGGAGUUCAGCUGACGCACUACAAUCUGAUGGCCAGUAUCGCGCUGUUGAAUUUCGCCAGAGAAAGGGAUGAGGUGCCAUCUGGAGAAUCCUCGGAACUGCUAGAACCCCCACCGGGAGGAAUCGUCCUGCUCGGCGUUCUUCCGUGGUUCCACGCCUACGGCUGCAUGACUCUGAUCAACGUGGUGUGCAACAAGCAGCUGCUCGUAUCGCUGCCCAAGUUCGAGGAGGGUCUCUUCUUGAGCUGCAUCGAAAACUACCGCUGCACGAUGGUAUUCGUGGUGCCCCCGUUGGUCGUGUUCCUGGCCAAGCAUCCCCUAAUCGAGAGCUACGAUUUGAGCAGCGUCGAUACGCUGCUUUGUGGAGCGGCACCGCUGAGCAAGGAGACGGAGGAUUUGGUUAAGAAGCGGUUGAAGGUGAAGCACGUACGCCAGGGAUACGGCAUGAGUGAGACUACACUCGCCACGCUGGUUCAGAGCGGCGAGGGACACAAGUCUGGGAGUGUGGGGAUCGUUCAGGUGGGAACACUGGCGAAGGUGAUCGACCCGAACACGGGUAAGGCCUUGGGACCGAACCAGCAUGGGGAGUUGUGCUUCAAGGGGUCGCAGAUUAUGAAGGGCUACAUCGGUAAUGAAGCGGCUACGAAGGAGACGAUCGACGCGGACGGGUGGUUGCACACCGGGGACAUUGGGUACUAUGACGAGGAUCAUGAAUUCUUCAUAGUGGAUCGGUUGAAGGAACUGAUCAAGUACAAGGCGUACCAAGUGCCACCGGCGGAGUUGGAGGCAAUUUUGCUGACGAACCCGAAGAUCAAGGACGCCGCUGUGAUCGGGCUGCCGGAUGAGAGCGCCGGGGAACUUCCGUUGGCGUUUGUGGUCAAACAGGAAGGAGUGGACAUGAGUGAGGCCGAGAUUAAGAAGUACGUUGCCGAUCGGACGUCACCGGCCAAGAGACUUCACGGCGGUGUGAGAUUCAUUGCGGAAAUUCCGAAGAACCUAAGUGGAAAGAUUCUGCGGAGGGAGCUGCGCGCACUGCUGCAGAAACCGAAGUCGAAGCUGUAGGGUUUGGGCUGUCUGUGUGUGAGUGCAAUAAUGGUUACCAUGAAGGGGACUGUAGCUUCCAGUGGAGUUCCGAGUGGUUUUUAAUUUGAAUAAACGCCUACAGUACAGCUAUAGGGAAUGGA